UUUUUAUCAUAGAGACAUAAGUAAUAUAUCAAAUGAAACUAUAGAAUGUCUUCUUUUUUUUGUGUACACUCACAAUCAAAAUAAAACUUUGUGCUUUUUAAAAAUAAAUAAAAUAUACAGGGUGUGCUGUCCUGCCAUCUCCGUCUCUGCAAACAUCAUUCUAAAACGUCACUAAAAGUAACUAAAAUAGACGGCUUAUACAUGCUACAUGGAGAUGAGAGAUAUGUCUUUGCAAAGCUUUAAGUGUCUACUUUUAAACGAAACAAAUAAAUUCUAAAAAAAAUAUUCUCCCUUUAUGUAAUCAGUAUAAAAGUAAAGAGAGGUACUGUUUCUCCUGUCUUACCUAAUUAUCUUUAAUGUGUGCCCGCCCACGCGCAGAGCGCUCUAUUCAUAAUAUAAUGUGCUAAGGCGAUCUAUGCAAACUGUAAACGCCCCUAACAGCGUCUUAAAAAGCAUCAAGUUUCAUCAGAUUCAUUCGCUUUCCUGCGCGUUUGGAAGAUGGCACGCUACUCAGGUGAGCAGGCUCUUCAGAUGGUCCUGGACAGUGAGGAAGAGUUCACUUUUUCCUCGGAAGAAGAACACGACUCUGACGAUGAACGUCUGUAUUUUGAAGAGCGACUUGAUCCAGCUGAAGAUACAGUUUCUGAUGAAAAUGUGGAUCCAUCACUCUCGCAUUCACCUGCAAUUCUCACUAAGAGGGCACGCAGCAACACAGGCGAUAAUGAGAAAGAGAAUGUGGAUCCAUCACUCUCACAUUCACCUGCAAUUCCCACUAAGAGGGCACCCAGCAACACAGGCGGAAAUGAGAAAGACUAUAGCCCUAAUGAGAGUGCUCCAAAACCCCUUGCAAAAAAGGCCAAGAAAAACAUUCAGACAAGCAACAGGCAUUCAGCUCUGUCAUGGAAAACAGAUAAUGACACUGACAUGGUUCCACAGACUCUGAGAUUCCUACCUGCACGGGAACCUGGACCACAGCUGCGUCCUGCUGAUGAACACACUCCUAAGAGUCUCUUCAAAAUGUUCAAAAUGCAAGGAAUAAUGCCACCGCUGGUCGUCGGAACUGCAUGCUUUGCAAAGUACAGCUUGGUAAAAGGCAAGACACACCUUGGAAAUGCCAGGCAUGUGACAUUUACUUGUGUCUUCAGUUGAAAAGGAACUGUGUUCAAAAAUGGCACACAGAUGUGUGAC